UCAGUGGAAGACUGCCAAAUGAUCGACAAGAGCAGCAAUAUCUCUUGCAAGGUGUCACUCAGACUGCGUGGCUUUAAUACGACGGGACCCAACCCUAUGAACAGAACCGCAUCAGAAAAUGCCGUUAGUGUUAUGGAUUCCGUGCAGCAGCUAGAAAGAGCUGUGACCAUACUGGUAAAUGAGUCAAUUGUAAGUGGAAUCAGUUUAAACACCAGGAGCGUCAGCUUAAAACAAGAUCCGACUUCGUGGAGUGUUGGAAAAUACAUUUCUUUAUGCCCUAUUGGUACAGCACUGUUUGAAAACAACUUUGUUUGCGUCAAUCGUCCACCGGAAACUAGCGGGGCUACAAACGGGACGUCACCUGCCUGCUUUCCGUGUCCCAUGGGAACAUAUCAGCCUGGUGAAGGAGAAACUUCUUGCCUGCCUUGCCCUGCGGGUUUUAAUUCUCGUAGAACGGGAUUGGAGGAUUUGACCUCAUGUAAAGAUUUAACACCAGAAACUUCCACAUCUAAAGCCAAGACUUCCCAGUUGUCAGAUGUCUCAACAAAGUUACCAGAACCUUCUCCAACAGUUUCUUUGACGACCUUAAAAGACGAAAUCACAGCUAACGAGCCUGGGGCACUGAAUCUCCAAAGUCCCCACGAUGUUGCUUUCAAAUGGAAAAUAGCCUUUGGAGUUUGUUUGGCUAUGAUUAUCCUAUUACUGGCAGGUAAGCUGGGUCAACUUUACUCGGGGCGGGGCGAUACCAUCAUGGGAUCUGCAAAUUGGAUGCUUUUAGAGCCGGCUCGCGUUGUGAGGCAGAUACAUAGCUUUUUUUACUGAUGUAUAACUAAAUAGGCGUCUCUACUUAUCUAUUUUCUUUGAGGCGAAUUUUUGAAUUGAGAGAUAAGGACAGAAAUUACGUUAAACUGAGCUUCGUCAAAGGCUGCGCAUCUUGAAAAAUUUAGACAAAAUUUUUCAAGUUUGCCAUUUGCAAUCUGUGAUAUUAACCAUCCCUUAUCCAUUUUGUUACAGUCUUGAAUCUUUAGAGUUUGUCUAACCUGGCAAACUAUCAUUUCAAGGUUUCU